AUGUGGAAAAGAGAUAAAAAACCAAAGAACAUGAUACAAACUACCACAAAUGCCCAAACUGUUGCCGGCGUGUGGGAAGAGUUUUUGCGAGAAACCAGUUUCCACGGAUGCAGAAAUAUACGAAGUGGUCGAAGGUCUAUAAUUCAACGUAUCGUAUGGACGGUGAUGCUACUAGUGAUGAGUGGCAUGCUUCUGAGGCUGUUGAUAGACAUGUAUGCUGUGUAUAGAAGCUACCCGUUCAAGACGGUGACCAGCUUGAAGCGACAUGUGGAACUGGACUUCCCCGCGAUCUCUGUCUGUAGAUUCAACAGCUACUACGCAAGCAAGCUAAACAUUUCCCGAGAGUGGUCACGUUAUCUGUAUUCUCAAGUCGUAGGAGGAAUGUUUGGUUCCUUGAACAUCAGUAAGCCUGCUGAUUAUGCAGCACUACCAGACGACUAUGACGAAUUUUGGAUCCCAAAGGAGGAUUUCAUACUGUGGGCGAUGGCUGGGAAGACCACUUUAAACGUGUCCAGAGACUUCAAGAAGGCUGGGCUCAGCUGUUUUUCAUUCAACACACUCAGUGCAGAUGGAGAUUUGGAACGAUUUCGUGUUCGUCAGUCAGAAGGUCUGCAUCUUCUGUUGAACAUCCAAGCUGACGAGUAUAUUGCACCCGUAUACACAGAGGGAGCUCAGAUUCUGAUUCAUGACCCCCAUGAGAUACAGUUCAGAGAUGAGCAGUUAGUAAUGGUUGAGCCGGGAACCUUUUCAAGAAUCAAAUUAACUCAAACGUCUUUUAAGUUUCUGCCACUUCCUUACAAGUCGUUUGGUUCCGGUGAAGAGACGUGUGAUGACGUGUACAGUGCGGGUUUCAAACACAGCCUGCGGUACUACGACAACUACACUAUGCUGUCCUGCUUCAUAGAGUGCAGGUUCAUCCCGGUUGUCGAAAAGUGUGGCUGUCGUUACGGGGCGCACCUUGGUAAGAAACGCUGA